AUGGCUGCGGGGGGCAGGCUGGAAGAUGGUUCCUUGGAUCCAUCCCAAAGUGUUGAAGAUGACCCCCUUCUGGACUGCCAGCAUCUUUCACAGUAUUCCUUACAGGCUCAUUUUAGACCCAGAUUCCAUCCUCUUCCUACGGUCAUUAUAGCACAUCUUCUUCUGUUAAUACAUGUUGUGUUUGUUAUUUUAGCAUUUUUAACAGGUGUGCUUUGUUCUUACCCUAAUCCAAAUGAGGACAAGUGCCCAGGAAACUACACUAACCCACUGAAAGUUCAGACAGUCAUAAUCCUUGGAAAAGUUAUUUUGUGGAUUCUGCAUUUCCUUCUUGAGCGCUACAUUCAGUAUCACCACAGCAAAGUAAGAAACCGAGGCUAUCACAUGAUCUACCGAUCGACAAGGCACCUUAAAAGACUUGCAUUAAUGAUACACUCCACUGGCAGCACUGCUCUCCUCCUCACACUGUGCAUACAGCAUACCUUCCCAGAGCCCAGCAGGUUGUAUCUUGACCUCAUUCUGGCCAUCCUGGCCCUGGAACUGAUCGGUUCCCUGACAUGUCUGCUCAUCUACACAGUGAAGGUUCGAAAAUUUAAUAAAGUCAAACCACAGCCUGAUAUACUUGAAGAAGAAAAAGUCCAUGCAUAUCCUAGCAAUAUUACUUCAGAGACUGGAUUCAGGACUAUUUCAAGUUUAGAAGAAAUUAUUGAAAAGCAAGGAGACAUAAUAGUAUACCUGAAGAGACACAAUGCACUGUUGAGUAAGCGGUUGUUGGCUUUUACUUCCUCGGACCUAGGUUCUCAUUCAAGUCGAAUGUGA